AUGACACCAGAAGAAAGAGUCCCCGUCCUCAUCGCGGGCUCAGGCUCAGCAGGCCUCUGCGCGGCCGUUUGGCUGGCCCGCUUCAACAUCCCCUACAAGAUCCUCGAGCGCCGCAAUGGCCCCCUCGAGAUUGGACAGGCAGACGGCGUGCAGACCCGCACAGUCGAGAUCUUCGACUCGUUCGGGAUAGCAGAGGAGAUGCUCCGGGAGGCCUACCACGUGCUGGAGAUUGCCUUUUGGUCCGCCCCCGACGCCGAGAAGGGCAUCAAGAGGGCCAAGUACGAGGCCGACAAAGAGACCGAGAUCAGCCACCAGCCGCACGUCAUCCUCAACCAGGCGAGACUCAACGAGUUGAUGACGGGGUUGUUGGGGUCGAACCCACCGAUUGAGUACCGAUGCGAGGUGAAGAAUGUGGUGGUGGAUGAGAAUGCGGAUAGCAACGAUUUGGAGUCUUACCCGGUCAGAGUAGAUGCUGUUCGGGACGGAGUUCAGAAGACGUAUCGGGCGAAAUAUGUGCUUGUAUGUCUGCCCCUUCAAACGCCAUGGGGCUGUGACGGCGCACACAGCAUCGUCAGGAAAUCCCUCGGCUUCAAGAUGGUGGGCGACAGCUCAGACGCAGUCUGGGGUGUCAUGGACAUCUACCCCCGCACAAACUUCCCAGACAUUCGCAAAAAGGCGGUCAUCAACUCAGCAGUCGGCAACAUCCUCCUCAUCCCGAGAGAGGGCGACUCCAUGGUCCGCUUCUACACCGAGCUCCCCGCAGGCACCAAAGUCAGCGAUGUCAGCCUCGAAAAGCUGCACGACCACGCCCGCAAGGUGUUUCACCCCUAUGAGAUGGACUUUGCGGAGACUUUCUGGUGGUCAGCCUACUCCAUCGGUCAAAGAAGAGCCGACUUCUUCCACCAAGAUCACCGUGUAUUUUUGACAGGUGAUGCGUGCCACACUCACUCUCCCAAAGCCGGUCAGGGUAUGAACGUCAGUCUGCAGGACGGCCACAACAUUGGAUGGAAGCUUGGGAUGGUCCUGCAGGGCCUUGCACGCCCAGAUAUUCUCGAGACGUAUGUGCUUGAGCGGGAGCGGACGGCUACCGAGCUGAUCGACUUUGACCGCAAAUUCACAAAGCUCUUCAACACCAAGUACCGCCAGGAACACGGCAUAACGGCGGGGAUGUUUGCGGAGCAGUUCACCAAGGCGGGCAGGUACACGGCUGGCCAGGCUGUGCAGUACGAUGCGUCUGCCAUAACCGAUAUUGGAGAGCACGACAAGGAGUUGGUGGCAAAGGUGACAGUCGGCAUGAGGUUUCCCACGGCGCAAGUGGUGCGGUCGUGUGACGCCAAGGCCAUGCAGCUUGUGAAGGGGCUGCCAGCGAACGGGCAGUGGUAUAUCGUGGUGUUCUCGGGAGAUCUGUCGCAGCCCGAAGCGAUGUCGAGGUUGGACGAGAUCUCUUCAACACUCUCCCAAACAGUCCAGCGCCUCACGCCGACUGGUGUGGACCCAGAUGGCGUGAUCGACCGGAUAUUGGUGACAGCGGGCGACAGGAAGAAGGUUGAACUGGACACCAUCCCGGAUUUCUUCACACCGGUAACCGGGAAGUGGAAGAUGAAGAAUCUGGGCAAGAUCUAUGCCGAUGAUGAGAGCUACAACUCGGGACACGGCCAUGCGUAUGAGGCUUAUGGAGUCGAUGCUUCCAAGGGCGCCAUUGUGGUCGUGCGGCCUGAUCACUAUGUUGCCAAGGUUUGCAGGUUGGAGGAUGUCGAGUCUCUGGGAAGCUUCUUUGAGGGCUUCUUGGUGCCUGCUAGAAGUUGA